AAAUAAAGGAUUUAAAGUAGAAAAAUGCCACGCAAUCCCGAUGCCGAAAAGGAUAAUCCCUGCUUGAGGGAACAAGAGCUCUCGUACAAGUGUCUGAACAAGAAUAAUUUCGAUCGCGAAGCCUGUGAGGUGUAUUUUGCAAAUUAUAAAAAUUGCAAGGAUUUUUGGCACAAAAUACGUUCAGAUCGUCGUUCCAAAGGUAUUUACCCCUAUUUGCCACCCGUGGAGGAACGUGAAGCCAUCAAGGCGGAAUAUAUGAAAACCCGACCAAAAUAA